UCCUGCACAUUCAGCCAUGUUUAACCCACUGUUACCAUCAUAAUCCAUGUGGGUGAUGUUUUGGGUACAUCACGUGCCUUUGUGGUACCACCUGGUUAUUCAGCUUUAUGCGGCGCGUGACAUGAGUCGAACUACAUCUAGAGAUUAGUGAAGAGUUGCUGUAAAAAUGUGCCAUGACAACAGAUGGACUGCCUGGAGGACAAGAUACUUAAACUACUUUUAGAUUUGAUCAGAGAAACAAUGAAUCUGAGAUUUCCUCUUUUGGUGAAUCUUAAAGGACCAGCGUGUACUUUUUUGGAGGAUCUAUUGACAGAAGGAGAAGGAGAUAUUUCUAUCUACAUACACCGCAGGUGGCAAAGCAUCGAUGUCCCCCAACAUAAGUGACCGAGGUAUUGACAGCGUACUGGAGGAGACAGUGUGUAACCCACGUACAGCCUCCGUCAGUAGCCAAUAUGACAAUAACGUUCCCCUGGAACUGGACAAUCAAUCUCGUCCAGACCCAACUGUACCACAACUCCUGGACAGUCCUGAACCUCCUGUGUCCUCAGAGCUGAGCAGCCCACCAGUACCCAUCAACAGUCCCGCCCGGCCCACCACCCUGACUCUGAAAACAUUACCUCGAGCCACCAACACCAACACCCCCACCUCCAUCACCAGAGAGAACGGUGGGCCGCCGGGCAGAGACCCUGAGGAGGAGGAGAGAAAGUUGAUGGAGGAAGAUCUAAAGAAGUGCAUUGCAGAUUUUAGGAAAAUACGAAUCCCCGAACUUUUCCCUGACCGCAAAAGACACUGGCAGAGUGAUCUGCUCAAAAAAUACAAUUCAUAAUGUUUUUGUCUUUAGGCUUCACAGACUUUUGAAACAGAUACAUGAGUAAAUAUGGUUAUAAUAAUUGGGAAUUUCUGUUAUUUUAUUUUAUCUUUUUAAGAGCCACAAAUAGAGAUGAAAACAAAAAUUUCCUGCAGAUUUAGACUUUAAACUUGUGUGAAAUAUGUUAUAUUUUUGAUUUUUCAGGCUUUGUCAUUGUCUUAUAUUCUUUACAAGUCUGAUAAAGCAGUUAAAACCGUCUGUCUGGAACACUCAUGGCUCAACAGAUGAGUUUACUGCUAUGAUUUGAAAACGUAAGGGUCAAGGAUCAUUGGAAGUUUAUUCCUUUUGAAAAAGGUGUCUUAAAUAUUGAGCAUAUUAAAUGGCUCCUCCCACUUUUAAAACAACCAAUAGCAUUUAGUUGAUCUCAGAGCCUGGAAUGAUGGGAGCCAUCAAAAAUGUUCUUCCAUAUUGGACGAAGGUUAAAGGAUCAUAUCUCCUAAAUGUUUUUGUUUUACAUUUUUA